AGAUAAUAUUAGUAAGUGAAAAACAAAGAGAGAAGAGAGGGCAGCUUUAUUUUAUCAGGAUUAAUUAGAAGGAAUGGCCUCAACAGCAUUCACCCCUCUCUCUCUUUCUUCUUCAUCCAAGGCUCCUCGUCUUCAACCCGCCGCCACCGCCGCCGCCGCCGCCCAAUGUGUCACGAUUCCCACUCCUCACCUCGCCAAGACCACCUCCUACAGUAGGAAGAGUGGCCGGAAUGUGGUGGCCAUGGUUACCGGAGAGGCAUCGACUGACGUUGCCUCAACUGAGACUGACACUCCUGAAAUAGUUACAAAAAUUCAGGAAGCUUGGGAUAAAGUUGAAGACAAGUAUGCCGUUACUUCUCUGGCGGUGGCAGGACUAAUCGGACUCAUUGCCAGUGCCGGAGUUAUCUCUGCUAUUGACAAGCUUCCACUCAUUCCUGGAGUUCUCGAGCUCGUAGGAAUUGGAUAUACUGGCUAUUUUGCAUAUAGUAAUCUGUUAUCCAAAUCGAACAGGGAUGCUUUGAUUGAGAAAGUCAAAGGUACAUACGAUGAUAUAAUUGGGAGUAGCUGAGACCAGAGCUAGCCAUGUAACAUAUACAGUAUAUUUUAAUUAUCGUUUAAUUUCCAAUCGGCUGUAAUUGUUCAUCCUUUUUCUCUCAGUUUACUUGCUUAUUCUAUAAUUUCAAAUAAAUAAAUAAGAUAAUAGAUCGUGUUUUAAUUUUUAA